UUUAAAAAAGAAGAAGCUUGCGGUCUAAUUUAUCAAGAUGUCUGUGGACUCACGAUGGAUGCCGUGCAAUGUUAAGAUCGAAGCCAAUGUCCAGAGCACAGACUGCGAUGGAAUAAUCCUGGUGUCCAGCUACUGGCCACCCGGAUUGAAUGAGCCUGAGCCUUUCAAGAUAGUCCUGUAUGCAGCAGCUCAAAUUGACAGCGCACUUGGUAAAGUUUGUACGCCGGUGGUAUUACCCAUUAAUCUGCCGGCCAGACGAUUCAUCUACAGCCCAACUGGUGUUCUCAACGCUGAUUAUCACGACCUACGGAGUUUCGGUGAAGCUGCCACCAGAGGAAUCCAAAGAGCAGUGGAAGCAGGCGUGAGAUAUCCCAUGAUAGUUAUUCUCCCUGACGCGCGCUUUGAAAACGUUGAAUUGGUCACUCUUCUUGGCGCCCUCGAGGGUCUCUAUGUACCACUAGAAGAAAGAGAAAUCAGCGGAGAUUAUUGUAACAAAGCGUAUCAGUUGGGCGUCUGGAGUCCCAUCAACAGCAAAAACCUUGAGGGUAUCGUCAAACUAGCCUGUGCACUCGAGAGCGGGAGAUACGUCGCCAGGGAUAUCGGUGGAGCUGAUCCAGAGCGAAUGACGCCACAUCGCGUAGAGGAGUACAUAGCUGAAUUAUUCAACGAGACACGUAUUCUAAUGCAAGUUGUAAGCGACGAAGAAACACUCUUGCACGAAUAUCCACUUUUUGCGACAGUUAAUCGCGCAGCUUCAGUGAUACCGCGACACCGUGGUAGAAUAAUAUUUCUUACUUAUGAACCAAUGGAGGUUGAUGGAAUCGCAGAAACACUCAUGAUUGUGGCCAAAGGGGUGACUUAUGAUACCGGUGGUACAGUAACGAAAGACAGAAUUGGAUUAACCGGAGGAUCGCGACAUAAAUGCGGAGUUGCUGCUGCCGCUGGAUUUAUGCAGGUAGUAAAUUUACUGAAACCUCGGACAACAAAAGUGGUAGUUGCUUUGUGCGUUCUCCGCAACAGCACUGGGGAAAAUGGUUACGUGCCUGACGAAGUGAUUACUAGUAAAUCCGGGCGUAGAGUUCGCAUCGUCAACACCGACAUUGAGGGUAGAUUGUCUAUCGCAGAUGCCCUUUUUCAUAUUAAGGAAAUGGCAAUGUACUCUGUAAAUCCACACAUUUUCACAAUUGCUACUGUAAUGACACAGGCUAAGCUGGCCACUGGAACUGGAUAUUCUCUUGUAAUAGAUAAUGCAGUGGCCCGUAGUGUAAAUAAUGCUGAAAAACUUGAAAUUUCUGGAGAUUUGAUUGGAGAUCCAUUUGAAAUUUUGCGUCUCCGUCGUGAAGAUUUUUUGUCCUUUUCAUCUUCUGGAGGAAGUGAAGACAUAAAACAAGGUUCUGUUGUACCAAUAACAAGACGUGAACGUUUUCAACAAAGUCCUGCGGCUUUUCUGAUAAUGACAUCUGCUUUAGACAAGCAUGGAAUAGAGAGUGAAUUUCCACUAAAAUACACAUUUAUCGGAUUGACUUCCCAUCUGUCAGUAGAUCGUGAUCUAGCAAAACCGUACCAGGGAAAUCCGGUUCUGGGAAUGUCUUACUGUUACCUGAUACAAGGCAAGUACCUUACGAUAAGAAGGGAUCUUCAACCGCCAGCGAUGCAAUAUGUCAGUGAGUUAGAAUCUACACCCGUUCCCAUCGCAACUUCUCAUUCAACUGGAAUUACUGCUGAUUCUCCGCAAAAUCCUCCAAUCGUACUGUAUCAACCCGUCAUUCCCUAUCCACAACCGCUAUCAGAUGAUCCCUGCACCGACUCGGAUAAAUGUGAAUUUCCAAAACCCGAUCGCCAGGCUAAAAUUUCAUUACCAGCACGAAUUUAUUGUCUGGCACUGAUAUUUUCAUCUGUCGGCAUUAUACAUGGCCCAACUUACCGACCCUAG